ACCGUUUUCGAAUUCUAUUCCCACAGGCUCCCACAAAAAAUAAUUCGGGUCGUUUGGGAGUGUUUAUAGGUACAUUUAGAAAAUACGGUGAUGCAAUCUAUACGUCACACCGUUAACUAUUUUUUAACUCUCAGCGAGAGAAGCACACGAGAGCAUUUGUGCCUCCAUCUAUGAGAAAAAUAUCAAAAUUCCUCGGAAAAUUGGAAAAGACCACUUUUUUUUAGAUCAAACCGAAAUUGGGCGGGGCGGAGAGCACAUCAAGCGCAUGUAUGGCUCCAUCUUAAGCUUAACAUCAAAGUUCCGCAAAGAAUCGGAGUGACGGUGAGAUUUGCACAACACGGUUGCACCAUCUAUGCGCCGCGGACGUAAAAAGCCCUCCGUGGUUCCAUCCAUGGCAGAAAUUUCUACAAAAUUGGAAAUUUCAUUCGGAUGAAGACGGCGAGACUUAUUCUUUUUUUUCCUCAACUUUCCAUGGGCCGUCAUUUGAUCUCUGCGGGUUAAUUUUUCUAAGGUUAUACACUUGCGUUGUUUUUUUUUUGCCCGUUAGAGUCGCAUAAAGCCGAUAUCGAACGUUUCGGGAUCACGUAACUUCACAAUUUUUUACGGAAACACUAAAUGGUCGUGUUUUGAGUUAUGCAAAAAUUAUUUAGACGAAGAUUCCUGUUUCGCUAGCGGAUCGACUGGUUUCGUCUUUCUCUCGUUUACGUAAAAUGGGGCCCGUAUCCCUCGAACUCAAGCCCGACAGGCUCCUGUUAGACUCGAACUUCGACGGCUACAAGCUGUCGUUGCAAGAGAUACCCACGUUCAGGAAAAAGCUGGACGUGCCGAUUGAUCCGAGCCACUUAACGACGAGCCAGUAUUCGUUGUUGCAUACUAAGCUGUUUGGGUUGCACAACCACCUCUUCGGCGAUCCUUUCGAGCACUCCCAAGCGGUGUACUUUGUGGACAAAGACUUAAACGUGCGGAAAACUUACAUUGACGACUUCGGUAAUGAAAUGAUAGGUCCUUUGACCGUGUGGAAGAUUCCCAGCGUUAGGGCGCGGAACCCCGGAGAUUAUGGCAUUACGCUUAAAUUCCCCAGCGCCAAUUUAGCCGUACUUUCAGACGGAUUGGGCGUUUUGUACAUACUGAGCACGGGAGACAGGACCGACGACUCUGACUUUGUCCAGUUGUAUUCCGGAGAAGUUAUCGCCUGUCGCGAGCAAGGGUUCGUGGUUUCCGACGCGGCGUACCGCGACGAAAAGAAAGAAUUGCACGUGCUGCUGCUGCACAUAGCCGAAGACUCAAAAGAUAGGUUUGUGAGCGUCGUACAUUGGGUAACUUUCCAAGAGGGUACGGCGGAUGACAAAGUAACAUGGAACCAAACGAACCUGAGGCAAUUGAAGACCAAGGGCGAGAUCCAGUACCUCUAUUUGGAAGAGGGUUGCGAAAACGUGUACGUUAUAAGUGACAGUGAGGUACGGUUCGUGUUAAACUCCGAGUAUCCGAUUGCGGAGCAGGCCGGAGACGAAGAUACUUCGUAUAAAUGGAGCCAAAGUGACGAGGAAGUGUCGGUGAAGUUUGUUUUACCGGAGCGCCCCAACAAAGAGUUGGUGUUUGUUGCCGUCGAACCCAAAAAGAUUGACGUUAGGUACGACGCGAAAGUUUUGCUGAGUGGGGCCCUCGCCGGGACCGUGGACCCGUCGCUGAUGACGUGGACCAUUGAAAACGUCAACUCGCUCGAGAUAUCUUUAACCAAAUCGGCGCAAAAGAUAUUCUGGCCUGAAUUAGUCCUGGGGAAUGGUAGGGGUGAAUAUGUCGCGCGGUCGUCGAACUUUGAUCAAAUGUCGGAGGCGGCGCCCCAGCAAGGCGCUACUUUCAACAGCCAGCAGAUUGAAGAAUGCGACUUUGAAAGCGACAAGGCGUUCACGUUUCAAAGGAUUAACAGGCUAACCAAUGAGUGCACUCACAAGAUCCACCUGGGGUCCCACCAGGUGCUUCUCACGUGCCGGUCGUCGCCCCCGUUGCCUCCGGCGGUCGGCACGAGACACGACGUCGACGUCUGCCUCUGGCAACCUCGCGGAACGGGGCCGAACUUCGAGGUUAAGCACGUGGGCACUCUGCUCGCUUUCGGCUACGUGCAGGCCUCCAAGCAGAACCGAAAGUUCACGGGGUGCUCGCCCGACACGAACUACUGCUUCGUCAGUGAAUCGACGGGCCACAUUUUCAUUUACAAGCAGAACCGGCCGUUGGUCUCCAGCGAAUUGAGGCACAGGGGCAGCGGACAGCGAUUCAAGAGCGUCGCCCAGCAACAGGUCCUCAACCUGGCGAAUCAGCAAAUUUUGGGCGUCCUCGCCUCGGACGCGCACCUGUUUGUCCUCGGCGAGGACUUUAUCACGGCAUUUAAAGUUGGCAAUGAAUAA